AAUGGCUGCCGGUCUAAACGAUCGUCUUUGGCAGAUAAACGUAACUGCAUCCGGUACAAUUUAUUCUACCCUUCUUUUGUCUUGGUUCGCAGCGCGAGUGUUACGUUUUAAGAUUUUAGAACGUUUUAAUAAGCCCGUAGAAUAGUCUGGCGUAGCUCAAUUUAUUUUUUUCUGCUAUGCAUCCAAGUUGGACGGCUCUACCUUAACUGAUCCACGCCUAUGCGAUUCCUGAUACACAACUGAUAAAGGAUUUAGAUAUAAUGGAUCUCAGUGCCAUCGUUGAACACGGUGGCUUUGAUGUAAUGUGCUUCAACAAAUACUGCAAUAAUUGCUCCUCAUCUACCAAUUCGGAGGAAGACAAGUCAACAUACACCGAGUGUAAGGCCAAGCGAAACUAUCCGAAGAACAACGCGGAGAUCCUCAGUGGCCAGUACGGAAUCAAUGUGUUCCUCGUCGGUGUGGCGCUGAUGUUGGCGGUCGCGCACCACGGCCCUUCGAUUAAGGAAAAGCACCUCCUGUCUUUCGUCACUGCCCUCAUGCUUGUGCAGUUGCUGUGGAUGCUGUGGUACGUCGUAAAAAGGGACAGACAGAAAAAAACAUCGGAAAAGGAUGCCCACGCAGGGAUGAGCUGGAUAAGAGCUGGUGUAACAGUUCUGGCUCUGCUUUCGUUGAUUAUGGAUGCUUUUCGUAUUGGCCGUUACGUGGGAUACAGAAAAUGCAUGUCUGCUGCACUGGUCGUCUACCCCGUCGUCCACGCUCUGCACACAGUAUCACAAGUCCACUUUCUUUGGUAUCAUGUCAAAGAUGUGAUCAAAUCUUUUGAAACAUUUGAAAGGUUUGGAGUGAUUCAUGCUGUUUUCACCAAUCUGUUUCUCUGGUGCAAUGGGGCAAUGACCGAGUCUGAACACUUCCUGAACGACCAUAAAAGGAGACUGUCUGAGCUUGGCUAUGCAAACCUCUCCAUUGUGGAGCACAAGCCCUACUGCAAUUGCACCACCAGUGCCUGCUCCAUGUUCUCCAAAAGCCUCUACUAUCUCUACCCCUUCAACAUUGAGUACCAUAUCUUCGUCUCUGCCAUGCUGUUUGUCAUGUGGAAGAACAUCGGCCGCACCAUCCACCACUACCACGACAAGGCUAGGCCAGUGGGCGGGGGGAACGGCCUGGGACUGGGGCCUGCCCUGGGCCUGGUUGCCCUGGCUGGCACCAUUGGGGUCCUGGCGGUCUACACAGUUCAUAUGGAAGACUCACAGGACACCAGAGACUCCGCCAUCUCCAUGUUCUACUACCAUGGCAUUGUGCUGCUGGGAUGCAUGGCCAUUGCUGGAGUGGUAGGUUUGCUGAUCUACAGGGUCGACCGGCGGCCGCUCGAUGACUCUAAGAACCCCUCGCGCCAGCUGGACAAGGAGAUGCUCUUUGGUGCAUCCGUGGGCACGUGGCUCAUGUCCUGGUGCAGUGUGGUGGCCGUGGGGGCCACCGAGACCUCCCCAAGGUACCGCUGGCCCAACCUGGCCUACUCCCUGCUCCUCAUCCUGGAGAAGUCUGUCCAAAACCUGUUCAUCAUUGAGUCACUGUACCGUAAGCAUGAGGCCAACUGCGGAGAAGGGGCAGAGCCUGCCACCAACCCCUCCGAGAUCUUCUCUGUGGCCGCCUCGCUGGCCACGCCCUUCAAGGGUGUCUUCAACAGAGCGUAUGAGAAUCAGGAUGGGGGGUGCAUCUCCCUGGAUGGGGACAGGGAGGAGAGCAAGCAGGUGUGCGUCUGCCCCCUGAAGCAUCCUGUCCUUCCCUUCCCCGUAACCCCCGGUGGGGCAGAGCCCCCGAGCAGGCAGAGGCAGGCCUUGAGGAACAUCACCAUUUUCUUGAUCCUGUGCAACAUCUCGCUAUGGCUGUUACCAGCAUUUGGCUGCCGGCCGCAGUAUGAUAAUGGACUGGAGCAGGAGAUACUGGGCUUCACCAUUUGGACCAUGGUGCUGAACUUCGCCAUGCCGCUGAACCUCUUCUACCGCAUGCAUGCUGUUGCAUCUCUCCUUGAAGUCUUCAAGCACGUGUGAACAGUGGGGCGUGACCAGGAUUGCAAAGCCCUAUUUGGGUACACUCAGGUGAUGUCACAAUGAAGAUCAUUCAUCCAGAAUGAAGUGGUUUGUCAAUGGUCCAAUUCUGAAUUUUCACUGUGUUCUGUUACUACAGUGAGUUAAUGGUGCUACAAUAUGUUAGAAAUAUCACAUUGAUUUUUAUAUGGUAGUUUUGGCAAGCUUUCCACAUGGUCAUAAGCCUAGGACUACAUGAAGUACUGUGUGCACGGUGCUACUUGGAUGGAUUAGAACAGUGCCAAUAAUUCUAUGUGUUUUAAUAUUUUAAAUGUACAUUAGAGAAUUUUUAAAUCUAAAGCCUAAAAUAUUCUUGUUUUAUACCUGUUUUUGUUAGCUGAGUGGUUCCUGGAUGCAGCCAUACAUAUAUACGUUGUAAUACAACAUACUUUGUGUUGAAUUUGAUCUGGCAGAAGCACUAAAGUAUUUAUAAUGUGAU